AAUAACCUCAGAAGAAGAUGAUGAAACUGAAACAGCUCCACCUUCAAUAUUGUUUCGCACUCCUCCUACCACUCACACUCCUCUUCACCACAACCUUAGGUCAAACACCUGCAACUGCCCCAGCCCCUUCUGGUCCCACCAACAUCAGUGCAAUCCUGGAGAAGGCAGGGCAGUAUAGCAUCCUAAUCAGGCUACUGAGGAGCACCCAAAUUGAAAACCAGAUCAAUACACAGCUCAACAACUCAAAACAAGGCCUGACACUCUUUGCCCCACCAGACAAUGCUUUCUCUAAUCUCCAAGCAGGGACUCUCAACUCCUUCACAGACCAGCAAAAGGUAGAGUUGAUUCAGUUUCAUAUGCUCCCUAAUUAUGUUCCUCUCUCAUCAUUUCAAACUGUGAGCAACCCUCUUCGUACCCAAGCUGGAAACAGUAACAGUGGCCAAUUCCCAUUAAACGUUACCACUUCAGGCAAUAACGUUAACAUAACAACCGGAGUGGUUAAUACCACAGUGGCUAACACGAUCUACACAGAUGGGCAGUUAGCAGUUUAUCAGGUGGAUCAGGUACUUCUUCCUCUGGAUUUCUUUACUACACCUGCGCCGGCUCCGGCACCAUCGGAGGCCAAGAAGAAGAAGAAGUCACAUUCCUCAGCCCCUUCAAGUUCUACGGCUGAUGCUUCUGCAGAUUCAUCUACUGCUGUAAAGCUCACACGAUUCAGUUGGGUUUCCUUUGCAGUUGUAGUGAUCGUUUCAGCCAUUGCUUUGUGACCCACAUGCUUGAUUCUCUAAAAUGAUCUGAUAUCUUUAUUGGGAUUGGAUCAAUCAAUGAUUGUGAUCGAUAAGGUGAGUGGGUUUUUGAAUAAUUUCAUUCGCGGAUCUCUCUCUUUCUUUAUUGUAUCGUUUUGCAGUUACAUUUGAUUGUUGUUGCAGUGGCUGUAACGGGUCUGCUGUCGUCAAAUAUAGAGAGGCAUUCCUAUUUUUUUUUCUUUUCUUUUUAAUUUGAGAUUUUCAUUAUUUUUUUGUCCUCUCUGAUGCAGAGGAUGAGCUCUUUGAAUGCUAUUAUAUUUUCAUUCACGUUCAGAUCAGAAAUCAGAAUAAAAGCAAUGCUUGUAUA